AUCCAAGCAACAAGGGAAAUAAAAUAGAAAGUUUCUUAAUUUAAUGAGGCGAGAAACCAUACUUUAGCUUUGACCAGGCAGCUUUCCUCGUAAAACCAAAGGGGCUCUACUCUUCUCUUCAUCCACUCUAUCUCUGGUUCAGCACGAAACGAGGACACCCAUUUGCUCUGCUCUGCGAUCUCAACAACACAGGAAUGUAUAUAUUUCAGUAUAAAGGAAAUUCUCUGUUAGCUAUUGUUUGAUGCAAACUAAACAUUGAUACAAGCUACACAUCAUAUGGCCUUACGGAAAAAUUGCAGCACUAUUCUUUGUGGUGAGGUUAAAGGAAUUAGAGGACUGUGGUGGAAGAGACUGAAAAAGUGUAUCUUCUAGGUGUUAUAGAAUUCAUGGCCUUGCAUGAAUGACUUGCAUUGAGAAAACUAUAUUUCUGAGUAAUGGCAACAUCCAGAUCAUCAGAAGCGAAUUUCAAACAGUCAUGCAAGCCAGCCUCUUUUCAGGCACCGGGAUCAUCCUCCAUCAAGAACAUAUCCGUAGAAGGAAUCACCGAGGCGCUAGAUGCAACUAGCUUGAAGCAAACAGCAAUAGUUGGUACUUCUAGAAUACAAGAAGCAGGUCCUAAGAAACAAAAGUUGAAGGAUGUUGGCAUUUCACGGGUCCCAGAAGCAGCUCAUCAGAAGCCACCAUUGAAGGGUGCGGUGAAUAAUCCAUUAUUUGAAGCAGGCUCAUUACAAUCACCUACUGUCAAAUGUGGAACUAGAGUAGAGUCUGUUACUCAGGGAACUGCCAGAAGUACUAUGAAGCAUUCAUCAAGAGAAACAUCAGAAACAAGGAAUCUCAAUCUUGCAAUUGAUGAAUCUAUGAUUCCACAAAACACAAAAGCAGAUCAUACAAAUCAAUUGCCACGUGCAAAUGGCACCCAGUCACUUGAAGCAAAAAAGCUGAAGCAUUCACCGAGGGGGUGCAUGGAUAUUUCCAAGGUAACUGGAGCAUCAUCUGUGACAGGUACUUCAGCAUCAUCAGCUUGUUGUAACUCACAGAAAGCUGAAGGUGUUUGUCAUUCACCAGAAGGCUUGUCACCGGUUGGUUUUAGUGAACAAAACAAAGGAUCAUCUGAAGGGGAUGAAAAAGGCACAUGGGAUGCUUCCUUGCCUACAAGCAGUAGUUUCAGUCCUCACAAUAGCAGUGACAGCACAGGUGUUAUGACAGCACCAAGUAGUGUUAAAAAUAGCUCAAGUGCAAAAUUAAGUGAUGGUACCAGCAGUGUGGCUAAUUCUAUACCAAAGACUAGUGAAAGUGCCAAAGUUAGUGAAAAGGGAGAUUUUAUUGAAAGUGCAAAGAGUAGUGUUUGCAGAGGUAGCAAUAGCAGUGGAGUCAGUGAUGAAAGCACCUGCAGCAGUUUAAGUAGUAGCGCCAACAAGCCUCACAAGUCCAAUGAUCCAAGAUGGGAAUCCAUACGAGCAGUUAGAAUGCGGGAUGGAAUUUUGGGAUUAAGCCAUUUCAGAUUGCUUAAGAAGCUAGGGUGUGGCGACAUAGGCAGUGUUUAUCUUUCAGAACUGAGUGGUACAAGAUGCUACUUUGCAAUGAAGGUGAUGGACAAAGGCUCUCUGGCAAGUCGAAAAAAGUUGCUGAGAGCUCAAACUGAAAGAGAAAUACUGCAAUCUCUGGAUCAUCCUUUUCUCCCUACAUUAUACACUCACUUUGAGACAGACAGGUUCUCAUGCCUGGUUAUGGAGUAUUGUCCAGGAGGAGAUUUGCACACUCUUCGCCAACGACAACCAGGAAAACACUUCUCUGAGCAAGCAGUACGAUUUUAUGUCGCAGAGGUUCUUCUAGCUUUGGAAUAUCUACAUAUGCUAGGAGUUGUUUACAGAGACCUUAAACCAGAAAAUGUACUUGUAAGGGAGGAUGGGCAUAUCAUGCUCUCAGAUUUUGAUCUAUCUUUAAGGUGUGUUGUUAGCCCUACACUGGUGAAGUCAUCAUCUGUUGAUGUAGAAUUAUCGAAGAAAAUUCCAGCGUAUUGUGUUCAACCUGCUUGCAUUGAACCCUCAUGUGUCCAACCAGUAUGUGUCCAGCCUUCUUGCAUACAGCCAACUUGCUUUGUACCUCGUUUGUUUCCAAGCAAGUCAAAGAAGAUACGAAAACCCAAAAAUGAUGUGGGUAAUCAAGUGACUCCUCUUCCAGAGCUUAUUGCGGAGCCUACGAGCGCUCGAUCUAUGUCAUUUGUAGGAACCCAUGAAUAUUUAGCCCCUGAGAUUAUUAAAGGAGAAGGUCAUGGGAGUGCUGUAGAUUGGUGGACUUUUGGGAUAUUUCUAUAUGAACUAAUGUUUGGAAAGACACCCUUUAAGGGAUCAGGUAAUCGUGCUACACUCUUUAAUGUGGUAGGGCAACCGCUCAGGUUUCCCGAAUCCCCGACAGUAAGUUUUGCAGCCAGGGAUUUGAUCAGGGGUUUACUGGUGAAGGAGCCUCAACAUCGGUUAGCCUUUAAACGUGGAGCCACUGAAAUUAAACAGCAUCCUUUCUUUGAGGGUGUAAAUUGGGCUCUUAUCAGGUGCACUGCUCCCCCUGAAAUUCCAAAGCCUAUUGAGAUUGAUUUGCCUGGAAAGAAAGUGCCAGUAGCUUCCUCCAGUGAAAAGAAAUUUGCUGAGGCUGAUUCAAAAUCUGGCGGUAAUUAUCUGGAUUUUGAUUUCUUUUGAGUAUGAUGUGAUAUCUGCCGCUUAUAUAAUUGAAAAUGUCAAUAACAGUUUCCUUUAUGAGCUGUAUGAACUGUUAGUCUGUUCCUUUAUCUUGAGGGAAAGGACAACAGUUGCUCACAAAGAUGCAAAAGGUAAUUGAUCUGUACUGUCAGAAGCAUUUGCUUCCACUUGAUUCUUUUCUUUCAUAGACUGGAUUUAUUGUGCAAGUCCGAAAUUGUAUUAUAGCUUUUACCAUAAGCUAGAUGAAAAUGUCUUGAAGGGUGACCAUACAUGCUUUUGAGUAAACCAUAAGGAUUGGUCAAGCAAUGAUUUUUAUUGAUCAUAGGUUCUUACUUUUUGCCCCAGGCAGAAGCAAAUGUGAAGACAUAUUUGAUUGAGUUUUAUGCUAUGUAUUAUCACAUGCAGUAAAACUAAUGUUCUGGAAGAGAUUUUUGAAUAGAAUUUAGUCAUUUACCUUUGCAGCUUA